CAGGCAUGAACCCGAAAAGAAAAGGGCUGACGGAAGAAGCCGAAGCUUGUUGAAACCCGUCCCCAGUGAUCGCCAUUGAACUCUGAACCAUCUGGUCCAUGGGUCCACCCACACUCGGAUGGCGACAAGUCCACCUGGAAAACCAUUUGGAUUCUCUGGACGCUUCUUCCUGGAAUUCAAUGAAGUCUUUUUCCGUGACGAUGUGACAGCGAAUGCCGACUUUAGGAGUCCGGACGUAGCGCCGACUUGAAACGCGCGCAGUCCGUCAUGUCUUGGAAAAGGAACUACUUUGCAGCGGGUGGUAACGUGGCGACGCCAGGAGGCGGCGGUGCCGGUGAUGGGACAACGGGCACGUUGACGCCUUGCACCAUGACCUCCAUCGCGGCCAGUAAAGGGCUGAGCAACGAGCCGGGACAAAACAGCUGCUUUUUGAAUAGCGCCCUGCAGGUCCUUUGGCAUUUAGACAUUUUCCGCCGCAGCUUCCGCCAGCUGACGUCUCACAAGUGCAUGGAGGACUCGUGCAUCUUCUGCGCUCUGAAGGUGAAGACCCAGCCCGCUUCUUAUUUUCCAAAGCCGACCCGAGCCCAUGUUUUCCGUCCCCUCCAGAGCAUCUUCGCUCAAUUCCAGUACAGCAGUGACACGGUCCUGCCCUCGGAUGCGCUCCGCAGCGCCCUGGCCAAGACGUUCCGGGAUGAGCGGAGGUUCCAACUGGGCAUCAUGGACGACGCCGCCGAAUGCUUUGAGAACAUCUUGACAAGGAUGCACUUCCACAUCGCCGAUGAGUCCGAGGAAGAUGUCUGCACGGCCGGGCGUUGCAUCCCGCACCGCAAGUUCGCCAUGACGCUCUUUGAACAGUGUGUGUGCAGCAGCUGCGGCGCCUCCUCGGACCCGUUGCCCUUCAUUCAAAUGGUCCAUUACGUCUCCACCACCUCCCUGUGCAACCAGGCAGUGAAGAUGCUGGAGUCCCGGCAGAACGCCACCCCGGGAAUGUUCGGGGAGCUGCUCCGGAACGCCAGCAUGGGCGAUCUUCGUGAUUGUCCCAGUCAGUGCGGCCAGCAGCUACGGAUGGCUCGCGUCCUCCUUAACAGUCCGGAGAUUAUCACCAUCGGACUAGUGUGGGACUCCGACCACUCCGACCUGGCCGAGGAUGUCAUUCACACCCUGGGGACUUGCCUGCGCCUCGGAGACUUGUUUUACAGAGUAACAGAGGAGAAGGCUCGGCGGGCGGAGCUCUACCUGGUGGGCAUGGUGUGCUACUACGGCCGCCACUACUCCACCUUCUUUUUCCAGACCAAAAUACGACGUUGGAUGUACUUUGACGACGCGCACGUCAAGGAGAUCGGGCCCAAGUGGAAGGACGUAGUGUCGCGCUGCAUCAAGGGCCACUACCAGCCUCUCCUGUUGCUCUACGCCGACCCCCGCGGCACGCCGGUGCCGGCCCAGGACCCAGCGCCGCGCCUCGGCCCAGAAACGCGCCGGCGCGUCGACAAGGCGUGCUACGACAGCGAGGACUCGGGCCGCGAGCCGUCCAUCUCCAGCGACACUCGCACAGACUCGUCCACGGAGAGCAUCUCGUCCCGCCAGCCCACGGCCGCUCGUCGGCCCUCGGACCCUCCGACGACUUCCCGACGCUACGAGGGACCGUGCGGAUCCUCGUUCUGCGGUCCGGAAGCCGUAGGAGAGACACUAAAAGAGCGUCGGGUUCCCCGCCCGUCCUUCUCCUCGCCCAGUGGCCGCCUCCGCGACUUGAAGGAAAGCAUGAGCAACAUUCUCCACAGCCGAGCCCUCUCCUCGUCCUCCCCUCUACCGGCCGCCGGGAUCGUCCCCUCCUCCGAGCCCGACGGGGAAUCCGAAGCGGGUUCUGCCUCGGCGAGGUGCCGCCCGUCUUGGAGGCCCCGCCGCGAGGCGCUCAACAUCGACGGCGUCUUCGCACGACGCAGGCAGGGCGGCUACAGCCCGCUGGCCGCCCCUCCGACGGACCGCGGGGUGACCCCCGCCGCCGCGGAGGAUGGGGGGGUCGCCGCUUUACCGACCCGGCGGGAGGGUACGCUUCCCGUCUUCGGAGAAGCGCCUUCGUCCCGACUGAUCCAAAGAAUGGAAAGCGGAUACGAGAGCAGCGAGAGGAACGGCGGGAGCCCCGUCAGCCUGGAGCUCAACCGACCGUCAGUGCCUUCAUGGAAGAACACGAGAUCCAAAAGCAGCGACGGUAUUCUGAAGGAGGCCUUCUCGGCCUCUAGGGGGAGCCCCGUGCCCCCCGCGGGCCGCAGUGAGCUGGAUGAGCUUCAGGAGGAGGUGCUGAAGAAGGCUCGGGAGGAGGAGAAACAGCGGAAGCAGGAGAAGGACAGGGAGGCCCGGCUCGGCUUCAACCCCAGACCCAGCAAGUACUUGGACCUGGACCAGCUACAAAUCCAGGGUAAAUGCGACAGUCUAGAUCGGUGCCUGAAGGUGUCGGAGGCGGAGCUACUGUUGGACCAAUCCGUGCGGCUGGAGCAAGCGCGCGAAGUCGCCGCCGCCCUCUCAGUGGUCAACGACGCAGUCUCUAAGCUAGCGUCAGCCGGCGACGGCGUCUCGGGCGCUCACGGCCGACUGCAGCGCUGCCUGAGGAGAGCGCGCGGCCGGCAGCAGCAGCUAUUGCUACUGCAACAGCAGCAUCAACAACGGCAGCAGCCCAGUGAAAAGCCUGUCUCGCACCAAAUACUUCUGACAAACACUUCCGACGAGCGAUCGACUCUUCCCGCCCCGCCUCCUCCGCUUUCCCGCCUCGAACCUGACCCCGCCCCUCCAGCGCGGCGGUCCGGCAGCUUGGCCCCGCUCCCGUCCGAAAUCCCCCAGCCGUCUGAUUCCAUUGCUACACCACCUGACUUGAUGGAGGAAGAGCCUUUCCUCCCCGGACCCCCCGCCAGGAAGUGGUCCUGCUUACCAUCGGACCCUCAUGUCAAUCAACCGAUCGACUCCACCCUUGACCAAAACCUGGCUAUACACCGCGCUAGCCGUCAAACUGGGACUUGUCCGAGGGGUGACGGAGCCAUGCUGCCCGUUGAGCGCUGGGCACAAAAUGUCAAGAGAUACUACAACUCCCACAAUGCAACGGCAGCGGCCGCGGGAGGAGGGGCGGAGCCUCCCGCCGAGGAGCUGUCGGAGCUGGACUCAUUGUAUCGGGCCAGCUUGCUGGCUCCCAGCAUGCACUGCAACAACAAAACAGAAGUGAGGAGAAUCCCGUCUGGGGCGCGACGUUCCAAAACGCCGACGGCAGAGAUGGAGAGAUGCGCCUACAGGAUGCCUGUUACGCUCGCCCGCAAGCAAGGAGACGACGAUGACGGCGGCGACGCGGAGAGUUACAGCGCGGAAAACCUUCGACGCGUCACCCGAAAUCUCGACUUGGGCCUCGCCCGCAACUUGGAGAUCUGUUCCCGUUCCUCUUCUACGCUCCCUCGUCCCGUCACCUCCUCUCCUUCGUCCGGUUAUUUUCAUCACGGCGUCCGGUCGCGUUUGGCACCUCCGCCAGUACACCAUGUCACCUCGUCGACCUUAGGUGACGGUUGGCGUUUCCGCGGUGAUGAGGAGCACGUCGCCCCCCUGAUUUACGGGACUCUACCUCGCGCUCCCCGCCGUUCGAACUCGACGUUCCCCGACGCCCCUCGCGGUCUUUACGCCACCACGUCGCGAGCGGGCCGCCUCUCCGCCGACGCCCGGUCUCCGCCCGACGGUGACCGGCGUGUUAUCGCGGCCGCCACGUGCCCGCUGUGUCGCCGUCUCCCCUGCGAGCUGCCGCGUCCUUUCUGCCGUUCCUGCGCCGCUUUCGUGAGUCGCUACCGAACGCCACCGUGGCGGCAUUUUCCACAUGUGCCUGCGCCAGAGUUGCGUUCCUCUUCGUCUUCCUCGCCCGCGAAGAAGACAGACGGACGCUACUGUAGCGUGCAACACAAAUAGAUCUAUAUACGAUAUAUAUAUAACAUGCUAGAUGUUAAUGGUCCGAAAAAGUCUAUUGCUGUCAAUGGCGAUCGAUAAGCUAAAUCCUGAUGCUAUUGUUCCAAAAAGUCCCAGCUAAUGGCAUGUUUUCUUCCUAUAGCCUUUAACUUCACAUAUACUAUAUCCAAAUAUUCAGUAAAUGAAAGUAUAUUCGCAAAUAUAUGUAUACGUAUAUGCACAUUUGGAUUGCGAGCUUAGCGAUUUAGCUUCUUAUUUUUCUUCAUAUUUAGUCAGUCUUCAGGUUUGGAAUUGUGUUGGUUCUAUUUUUGAUGCUUAUUUUUGUACUCGAUAGAAUUAAUAUGAUUAAAGUAUUUUAAAAAUCUUUUUUUUCAGGUUGUUUUUCAUUGCGCAAAAUAUGUCGAGGUAUUAUCAGCGACUUUACUGGUGGGAGCUUAGCAUGUUAAGCUAAAGCUACCAUAAUAUUACUUGUUCAAUGGCGUUUCUUCCAAAAUGGUGGAACCAGAAAUGCCGCCAAAUCAACAAAAAGUCACCCCGAAGUCCCCCGAUAUCAACAGGAAGUCCGGAAUACCUCCAAAUCAAUUGGAAGUGACCCGAUAUCAACAAGGAGUGACUCUAGAAUGCUUAAAAAUCAACAGGAAGUGACCCAGGAAUCCCGCAAAAUCAACAGGAAGUGACCUAAUGUACAGGACUUUAUUUGUACAUAAAUAUAAUAUUUAAUAUUUCAAAGGAUUUGGCAGCAUUUUUUUUUUUUUUUUUUUUACAUAAGCUGCUCAGCAGAUGAGAAAAGAACAGAAUAUUUUCAUUGGUUUAGGUUGCUCACAA